AUGCCGCGAGGACCUUCCAACAUAUCGAAGGUGGUAGAAGCGCUCAAACUGCGCAGCGCUCAUGAGUUGGAUAACAAUCUGUCGGCUCGGCUCCAGAGCUACACGUACGACUCGAUCCGCGACUGGAUUGGGACCCAGCGAUUCACGUACCUGCCGCCCGAGGGCAGCAGUUACGAUAAGGUGUUGUCGUGGGCUCAUUUGUUCGUCGAGCGCCUCCACUCGUUUGAGAUGGGCCUCAGAGAGCUUGUUGGGGACACCCAUUUGGCAGCCCAUCUAGCCUAUGGCUAUUGUGCUAUCCUGCUCGAGCUCGGCAAGGAGAACAACUCGGCCCUGAUGACCCUGUUCGGAUUCCUGUACAUCAACUCCAUCCCCUUGGUCAACCUGUUGGAGCGGGUCGAACUCUUUGGCGUCUCGCAGGAGAUCGUAGAGCAGCUUACCUUGGCCCUGUCUGAUUUGGUCACGCUGGUCGCCAGCGUGGCAAUCAAAUUUUACGAAGCGAUCAGCGACAAAUCAGGCCGACCCGUCUCCAUCAAUAUUCACAGCACUUUCUCGUCACAAAUCAAGUCUUUCCGUGAGCGUUGCGAUGACAUCGCCUCUUCCAUGUGGUGUCACCAAGCGGCUAACGAAGGCAUGGGUUCCGAUGAAGUCUCCGACAUCAACCCCAUCAAAGCUUGGCUCGCUCCCGAAGACCCGGUCCUUACGGAUGUUGCGGUCAGCGCCUCGCUGCUGGCCUACGACCGCGAGGAACGGACCUGCCUUUGGGUUGGCUCCCAUCUGACACGCUUUCUCAAAGGCCAGGACAAGAUCCUUUCCAUCGCUGGCAAGCUGGGCUCUGGGAAGAGCGUCGUGUCCUCCGUCAUAGUCGAUUACCUCCAACGGCCAAUCUCGGGAGUCCGUUACGAUGCUUUAUUCGUCCCUAUCAGUAUUACCAUCCCAGCCGAAUCCUCGGCUAGGGCGGUUGCCAGAGCUAUCCUUGGCCAGCUAUUUGAGAAGCGCAUCGGCAAUGUCCAACUCCUUCGGCACUUUCGCGAUGCCUAUCAUCGCAGCAAGCAUGCCACAGCCCAUGAGGAGUACGAUAACAUACUUUGGGCCGCAGUGGAAAGCACACUUGCGUCUCCUCAGCACGGCGCCCGCGAGCUCAUCAUGGUCGUCGACGGCAUUGACGAGGCCUUAUGCGGCGAGGCGGCCCUGCUCAAGCGGCUGACCAGGGCAAUAGAACAAGGCAACAAUAUGCGACUUGUCGCGCUCGGCAGCGAGAAACAGGCGGUUGGGCCCGGGUGCACAAGGGUCCAAAUGGACAACGACCUAGUGUUCGACGACAUCAUGGCCGUUAUCCGGACUACCUUGGAUUCAAAGAAGGAGUUCUCCACAAUGGACGAAUUUGAGAGAGAGUCCACCAUCACGCGGCUUACGGACGCCUCGGCCGGCUCCUUCCUCCGGGCGAGGCUGAUCACUGCCCGACUGCGCCGCGAAAUUGGCGAUAAUAAGUUCCGCCACGCUGUCGAAACCAUCGUCGAGAAGAAACCCCCCAUGUCUGUCAACAACCUCGUCUACUACUUCAUGCAGAACCCAGACAUAACCGAUGGCGCGAAGUUCAUGCUAGCUUGGCUCACCAUUGCCGAGCGUCCCCUGUCGCCAAGGGAGCUCGAGACGCUCGCAUCCAUCCAGGUCGCCAAGGGCAACAUGCUCGACAAGCGCAUCGACGCGAUGGCGGUUUUGAAGCCGGUGGAAGAGCUCUACUCCCUCCACGACGGCCUCGUAUACAUCCGUCACGGGCUCAUUCGUUCCUCAUUGCGCGAAUUGCUUCCGCAAAUGCUCUCCGCCGUGGAUGACCUCCACGCCGACCUCACGGCACGCCUCCUGCUGUACGUCAAGACGGUGGUUAAGGAGCAGCACGAGCCGUCCGUAACGCCCCUGAAUAUCCACGAUACGGGCAACCUGCUGAACAAGUAUCCACUGCUGCACUUCGCCGUGCGGUAUUGGCCUGUGCACCUGAGGAAGACCGAUGUCUUCGUUCGUGAGGGCGACACAGGGGCGGCCAGAGCAUUCGCGCAUGUGUACCCCGGCACCGUCACGGCCGUCCUCCUUCAGGCAAGCCUUUGGGAGCACAAGCCUAAGCCCGUCCUGUUAGCCUACCAAACCAUCAUUGCAAACAUACACCGCGAACUCUUCAAAGGGAAGAGCCCCCUGACACUGCAGUCCAUCAUCUUCCUGGCCAUCUUGUAUCAGCAGGUCAAUGACCUGGACAAGGCGGCUCCCCUUUUCUUCGAGGCCGCCUCCAUCAGCCACCAGCUUCUAGGCCCGAGCCACAACGUGACCAUGCAUAUGGCCAGUACUUACAUCCAAAUGACAGGACCCAAGGUGACCGGCGACAGGACUGAAGUCAUGAGCAGGCGGGAGCAGGUCUUUGAGAUUCUCCUGGAGUGCUACAGCACGCAGUUUGGCAGCAUGUCGAUGCAGGUCAGCAACCUCUUGCGGCAGGUAGUCGAACACUAUCAGACUCUCGGAGAUGACAGCAAGGCGGAACAGCUCAGCCAGGAGAUCCAGAAUAUAAUCAGUGAGAAGCCGGACGCGGGCGGCAGCCCCGGUUUGCUCGUCAACCUGCACCCGCUGGGGGCCCUCCCCGCCGAGCCUGACGGCGGAAUGAUACACAUCGAUGUCGAAGAGCAUGAUAUUCUGAUCGAAAGCACCCAGGCCUCUGGUUUCAUCCAGGUCCAACAAGAAGCCGAGCAGGCGGUGGCAGCAGGCCAUUUCGACCUGGCCGAGCGGCUUUACCUCGAAUUGUUGCUGCGUCUCAGCCGUGGACACCGAGCGCAUGAUGUCGACGUCUGGGCCGAUACGGGUCUACGAGCGUUGUUGAGCUACGCAGAGUUUUUGCAGAAACGGAAGCGAACAGCCGAGGCUUCGGCCGUCUUGGUCAGCGUCUGGGAGGAGUACAGCCGGACGAGCACCUCCGUCGUCACCGAGACCUCGGCGGCGUUGCUGACCCGCGUGGCGCACAUGAUGAGAUCUGUUGGGCUCUCGUCGGUGGCGUUGUCCGUCUUCAAACAUUGUGCGGAGUACUACCGCGCUACCGACCGCACACAGACGUCGGCCUACGAGUCCCUGCAGCAGAGCCUCCAGGUCACCUCGCAGGAGGUGCAGAAGAUGGCCAGCUCGUCCGAGAUAGUGGUGUCGGAAACCACGAUCGAAGAGAUGGUGGUUGAGUCCUCAAACUCCUUCAGCACCGUCAGUCAAGCGACCCUAACUGCCACAACCCAGCUCAUCUCGCGUUACAUCUCGGCGCACCGGUGGCAUGACGCUACCCGCGUCAUCAAGAAAGCGCUCCGUGGCAUGUGGCCCUCCCUGUUCGCAGCCAACGUGCUGGACGUCACGUUAGCCGACAGGCACGUUGAAAAGUGUGUCCAGCUUGCCGGGCGGCUGGCCGAGUGCUACCGUGCACGGCGGCGUCCGGCACAGGAAGAGGACAUGCGAGUGCGCCUAUACCUUUCGCUGAGGUCGGGCCGCCCGGUUGGCGACAAGAUGCGGGAACGCGCCACUCGCGAACUGAUCACCUUCUACCGCCGCACCUCGCAGCAGGAGCCGGCAAUUGUCGUGUGGCAGGAGAUGCUGGACGACUACACGGCGCACUACGGUGACCGGCAUCCGACCGUCAUCGAGACGCUGCGGGAGCUGGCCGAGUUAACGCGUCCUCGGCCCGUGUUCAUCGAGUACUACAAGAGGAUUGUUCAUUCGCUGACCAAGGACUCGGACACAACCCCCUUGGAGGCACUUGAGCCGAUCACUAUUGUUGCAACGGAGUUGUGGACCAGGGGCAUGUUCUCUGACGCUCUGCCCUAUUAUGGCAAGCUCUUCGCCACGUUUCUGGCGGAUCCCAAGACCAGUCCUAGAUUUAAGGACGAACGAUGGGUGCGCGAGUGCUUCGAUCGCUACAUCGACUGUCUGCGGAGCGUUCGGUCGUCCUUCCAGGUGUUGCACAACAUCACAACCCAGUAUCAGACGCAGUGCAUGCAAGUGUACGGCCCCACGGCGACCGUCACCAUCCACGCUACGCUCGCGCUGGCUACGAUCUGCCAGGAAUCCAAAACCACGGAAGCGCAGGCCAUUGACUUGUACGAGACGUUGCUCCAACUACAGCCGGACGGGAUUGACCGCCAGGAGAUCAUGGCCAACCUGGAGAUUUUGCACGAGCUGCAAGCGAUUGAGAGCAUGGAGGUUUUGGACAUAACCGACGUCUCACCGUCCCAGGUCGACCGCGCCGAGCAAGUUCUGCGGAAGCGCAUCACCUCCGUUCGGGAGACGCACGGAUGGGCACAUGAAGAGUCGCUGUCCCAGGUGACGCAGUUUGUGAGCUUCUACAGCCAUCACAACCAAUUCGAGAAGGCCACCCAGGAGCUCCAGGAAACCACCGUCAACGUCCUGUUGACCAAAACCAAAACAUCGUCGACGCAGCUUAUCGCGGCCGCCUCAACUAUCGCAUCCAGCUACGUCGCCAUAAACCAGGUGCAAAGGGCGACCGAGCUCGCCGAUGAGAUCUACCGCCAAGUUGUCAUCAAGGACAUGUCCACCGUUGCGCACGCCGCCUUCGAUCUCUCGUCCUGCGGUCGCGAGAGUUUGGUCUUCCUAGCCCAGCUAGAGCACUGCCUCCGGCGCAGCUCAGCCCCUCUGGUCGAGACCCUGACCGCUCUGACGACACAAUAUGGCUACUUCAGCGAGUUCCGCACGGUCAUCGCUCCCAAGUCUGGCGCCAGCUUCAAUGACGUGCUGGUGGUUUCGGCCCUGCUUUAUCGCCACCUUACGAGUUGUGACCGCAAGCAGAUCGCGGCUCACAUGUUCGAGCGCUUCAGUCGCUGGUUCAGCGAAACUGAGGUGAAACGCCUCAAUCUGUCCGGGGAACUGUCCGCGCGCCAGACAAAGCUCUUCUUACAGAGCCUCCUCGACCACUUCGGCACUUAUAAGUCAGACGACGUGGUCCGGAGUGUCGGCAUCAUGGGCAAUGCGCGUGUCGCCCAGUUGCGAAACAGCGGCUGCUUCCAGGAGGCCUGCGACCUGGCCGAGGCGUGCUUCCACUACAUCAAGGCUCACAAAGACGCGUACCACACUCCCACCAUGACCAAACUCGUGCUCAACAUGGGCAUGGCGGUGGUAGGGCACGAGCCGCCUUCACCGGCGGCGGUCAAGGAACCCGACGCGGCAGCAAAGCAAAAGCUCCUCCAGACCUCCAAGAAAAUCGUCCACGAUGUGCUCCACGUGCUGCUCGACGUCAUGAAAAUCAAUCUCGCCAAGCUGGACCUGGCGCACCUUAGCCGGCUGAUCGGGCUGGUCGGCGACCAGGAGGAUUGGAAGACGCUCGCGUCCCUGCUGAAAAGAUUAUGGACGAGCCGCGAGGCCCAGCGCGAGUGGCCCCCUGCCGUAACCUUCCCGCUAGCCCGGCGCUACGUCCUGUCCCAAUGGGUAGUUGGCUAUUCGAUUGAAGCGAUUCGCACAGCCGAACACAUUGUAUACAACUGUCAGCGGGUCCACGGCCCGCGGCACGGUGCCACGCUGAGCAUGUCGGUCCUCUUGGGUAAGCUCUACACGGGCAUGGCGCAGCGCUGUCAGCAGGGGCAGGGCUGGCAGCAACCGCCUCAGCCGCAUCACGGGCGCAAAGCCGACCGGCCGAACAUGACUGAGAUGGCCAACCGCUACUACAAGAAGGCCGCAGCCCUACACGAGAACAUCCUGCGUGUGUUCACUGACCCGGUCUACGCCAGCAUGGACGGCGCUGGCCCGCUCAUGGACGACAUGUCCGACGGCGCCGCCAGCCCGGGCGCCGAAAACGGCCGCAUGGCAGCGUAUUGGUCUCAUUCGUUCAAUUACCCGCCCGGCUCACCCAUGCAGGCCCAGCACCCCGCGGAGCAAGCCCGCGACCAGCAGCAGCACCAAGAGCAGACGGCUGCUGCGGCCGCCUCCCACGUCGCGCAGCACAUGCGCCUGCUGAAGCUCGCCUUGCAGCGGCUGGGUGCCUGGCCGAAGGAUCGCAGCGAGUACGAGCGGCUGUGCGCCGACGUGUUCCGACAGUUUGGCGCCGAGUUGAAGACCCGGGGCAUUGGGGGUCUCGAGACGUGGAACAUUGAGAAGUUUGGCAAGGGCAGGGCUGAAGGAGAUGAGGACUUGCUCCGGGAUGAUGAGUUGAAGGGGUGGAGGUUGGUGGAGGCUGGUAUUGGAGAUCUGGGUGGGCAGAUGGGUGGUUUGGUGGCGGGAGUUUAGGCCAUGUCCUUCCUAGAAGAAAUGAGCCACGGACGACUCUAACCUCGCGCUGGAGGGUAUCAAAUAGCCUUGAGGCAACAAGCUGAAAAGUUGGUUGAACUGGUUUUGGUGGGUGGCUCAGGUUGAAGUUUUUUUGUAUUCUCCUGACAACGUGGCUUAGGAUAUAACACAGCGACGUCCAACACGGGUAAUGUGUUGGAUGCUGCCGGACUACGUUGCACGGGAAGCUUGGGAGCAUUUUACGUCGGAGAUGGAUGAAAUGCCAGAUUGACUCCUAUAUAACCGAAACGGGAACUGAGGACGCUUGGACAUAGUACAUUGAAACCUACUGAUUCGUUUCCGAUUCUUCCAAGUGUCAUGAAUCGGAUCCUAACGAGCUGUAACCUGGGGACUCAUACAUCUCACGGUACC